UGACAAAAUAUCCAUCCACCCAUUGAUAUAUGACCUGCACGUGUUGAGGAAAACUGUUGUUACACAGACGUAUGGACAAUGUAUCAUGGAAGAAGACGGUUGAGUAGACUUUGCAAAGUGAUAGCCACGCUAUUGUUCUGUUUAAUAUUCUUAUUGGUUUUAAAACGUAUGUGCAUUAUAGCAUUUUCAUAUUACCCAAAUCCACCAUCUGAACCUAACAAUAGAAAUCAAAAAGACCAUGUGGUCACGUACGGGGCCAGUUACCUGAAACCAGCUUCUCUAAAAACUAUAGUCGUUUGGACGCGUUAUUUCGGAGAAUGGGGAUGGGAGAUUAUAGCAGAAAAUUCAAUGAAAAGCUGCCCGACUAAAUGUAUGUACACACUAGAUAAAAACCUAAUAGAGAAUGCGAACGCGGUGUUAUUUAAUGCCAACGGUUUGUGGAAAUAUCGAACUUUAAUUGGCACGCUUUAUGAAUUCCCUAUACCAAUGCCUAAUGUGAGAACACCGAACCAAGUCUGGAUCUUACUGAGUAUUGAACCAAUGAAUACAAUGCGAGUUUCUAUGAACCAGUAUGGAUUUAACUGGACGACAUUAUACAGGAGGGAGUCCACCGUAUACUACCCAUUUACAAGCUGGUUUAAAAUGUCUCCAGAUGAAAUAAAUAAGAGUGAAACGCAUUCCAAAGGAGUGUCUGAAAAUCAUUUCAAAACCAAAACAAAGUUCGCUGCAACCAUGAUAAGUAAUUGUGACGAUGAUGCAAGAAGGUAUAAAAUAAUCAGGGAAUUGAAAAGAUACGUUGACAUCGACGUAUUUGGGGUUUGUUCCGGAAAAGUGAUAUGUCAAUACCGGAAAUCCCCGAACGAAUGUAAGCAACUCUACGAGUAUAAAUGCUAUUUAGCUUUUGAAAAUAGUUUCUGUAGGGACUACGUUUCUGAGAAAUUUUGGUUGACAUGA